UAGUCUACAAAUUGGAAUAUAACAAAAUUAUUAAAUAAUUGGCAUUAAUCACAAGUACUUCACUAUGUGUCGCAUAAAUUAUCGAUAAAAAUUUAAAUAACACGAUAAAGAACGAGUCACGAAUAAGUCUAAUUUAUCAAUAUAAAAAGUUUUUUUACUAAUUACUAAUUAUUAAUGCAAAUUCCUUUGCAAGACCUCAUUAUUUGCAGAGUAUUAUACACAUAGUAUAGAUCAGCGAUAAGACUGACCAAGCUUAUGAGUUUCGAUAUGCGUUGUGCGUGCUGGAGAGAGCGAUACUGAAUCAAUUAGGAAUUAUGGAAUUUGUAGAUAGCUCAAAAAUGGAAAAAGUAUAUAAAUUUUAAAUUAUCAAAUUAAAACAUUUGACUGUAUAUUACUACUUAAAAUACACGGUCCAAAGACAGCAAUUUUUACGAGAUCAUAAAAUCACUCAAGAUCAGGAUAUACAGGAGCAAUAAGGAGCUAAUACGCUUAUUCCGGACAACACGACAAUGUAUUUCAUAGACUUAAAUACGACUUUACGUUUCUGUUUUUGAUCGUAAUCGGCUUGCACCUGGUACCACAGAAUCAAACGUGUUAAACAUUGAAGACUCGAAUAUCCUCGCGGAGAGGAACCUGAAACGCGUUACAGUGGAAGCUUAGCAAUUGAUCGCGCGUGCAGGACGGAUGGAAACAUCGGAAGUGCCUCGAGGACGAUUAGCUCGUUCGCCUUUUGAAGUUCAUACGUUCGUCUUGAAACGGCAAUCGGUGCUGGCGAUGAGAAAAGACUUAAUAACGGCCAGGUCACGUGUAGAAUGUAAAACAGCGCGACGCGUUAUUGAACGAUAACUGCAAGUUAUUAGGGUCGAUUGACGAGUAACUGGACGUAAGGAGCGCGUAAAAUGGCUCUCGCGGUGUGUGUGCACGUACAGAGCUCCGCCUCGAUUGUUGUUGCCAUCGCCAUUGGCGUUGACCGUCGACGUUACAUAUGGAAAUUACUCCCGUACAAAUGUCUCGCUGGGACUAAUUUGACCGUACGCGCAAUGUUACAUUAACAUUCGGUGCGGAGGAUCGGAGCUGCACAAUAGCUUCAGUCUGUUCUCUUCUUCGCGGGCGCGCAGUGUCGCCGUCACCUUUACCGAUCUCCACUCGAGUGUUCCUGGUAUUCGAACCAGAGUUUUGCGAUAAAAGAUGAGGGGUGCCAGCACGUUGGAUCAGUAUAACGACGACGACCUCUUCAGUGGCGGCCCUUGCCCUUCGUGUCGAUUGGCCAUCAAUAAAGAGACCGGUCGACUCAAGUGGUGCAUGGGCGGCAACGACACUUGUCGCUUUCGCGUUAAGCUGAUGCUCCUAAUCCCCGCAGUGCUACUGCCGAUCACUAUAAUCUUCAUUGCUCUGUCGCGAUCCCAGGUGAUCGGCAAGACUCCUUAUCAUCGCACGUAUUUGAUCCACGCGACCAGAAGACAGGACGAGAGGACCGAGGAAACUUUUCCGCCCACCAGCAGCAACGAGGCGGAGCGAGCCGGUGAAGAAGAGGAAGAAGACCGAAUCCUAGUACCUGGAAUGAAAACAAGUUACGUGCCGGUGGAAACGCUACUUCCGCCGCGACAGCUGCAACGACGCAAAAGGGACCUGAACGGGGUAGAGUCAAAAAAUUACAAUGCCGAGGAAACGGACGAUCAGAGUCCCGACGAAGAUUUGGACAACUUUUUGGAUGACUAUUACCCCGAGGUGGAAACUGACGAGAUCAAGGAAAAUUCUGAGAUACAGAACAAUGAUUAUCAAGAAUAUAGCGAACACACAUACGACACUCGUAAGAAAGAGGAACCGUACUCAAAGUUCCACGGAAAAUACGAUGACACUUCUCAAGACGAGUCGGACGAGGAUGAACAAGGUGGUAGACACUCGAUUUCUGUGGACGAUUUGGACACCGAUUUACCGAUCACCGACGAUCAAUGGGGCGACGAUACCAACAGGGAUUUUCACGCAUUCUGGAAGGGCGAGGGGAACGCGUGGGCCAUUAGGAAGGCUCAAGCAAAAAUCAUGCUCAAGUACAUGGACAAGAACGCCGAUCCCUGCGAGGACUUCUAUCAGUACGCUUGCGGGAAUUGGGCAAGGCAUAAUCCUAUACCGAAGGACAAGGCCGCUUACGACACGUUCGAGAUGAUCCGAGAAUCCUUGGACUCCGUGUUGAAAGAGCUUCUCGAGGAUCCGAUACCCAGAGGCAUGGAACUGAACACGAACGAUGCCACGGUCAAAGCUAAAUAUCUGUUCCAAAGUUGCAUGAAUUACGAGAUCUUGGAGCAACGCAUGGAGCGGCCUCUUAUACAGCUCUUGGAUGAACUCGGAGGGUGGCCUAUCUUAAGACCAAAUUGGGACCCAGAGAAAUUUGAUUGGUUGCUAUUGGUCGCACAACUACGACUUUACAACAACGACAUCCUUAUUUCUGAGUGGGUUGCACCGGAUAUCAAGAAUAGCGAUCAAUACGUCAUACAGUUUGAUCAAACGUCCCUGGGUCUUCCUACGAGAGAUUAUUUUCUCCAGCCAUCGAACACGAUCUACUUAAAGGCCUACAAGAAUUAUUUAAUAAAGAUCGCGACGCUGCUAGGUGCAUCCUUGAAAAACGCUACUAUUGACGCUGAUGAAUUGAUCGAAUUUGAAACGAGAUUGGCCAAGAUCACCUCUACCCCUGAUGAGAGAAGAAACGUUUCGGAGCUCUAUCAGAGAGUGAGCAUAGGAGAACUGAGAACUUUGGUGCCACAAAUCAAUUGGCACCGAUAUCUGACAAUCGUUUUAGCGCGUCCGACAAACGUUUCGGAACCAGUUGUUGUCUAUGCCUUGCAAUACAUUCAGGAUUUGGUGAAUUUAUUGUCGAAAACUAGUCCACGAACUAUCGCAAAUUACCUACUCUGGCGAUUCGUAAGACAUCGAGUGAACAAUCUGGACGAUCGUUUCCAAGAAGCUAAACAGAAAUUCUAUUAUAUACUUUUCGGAAGAGAGCAAGCACCGUCAAGAUGGAAAAACUGUGUGGCACAGGUGAACUCUAAUAUGGGCAUGGCUGUAGGCUCGAUGUUCGUGAGGAAGUAUUUCGACGAGAAGAGUAAAAAUGAUACUUUGUCAAUGACUCGGGAGAUUCAGCGAUCGUUCAGGGAGCUUCUUAAUCAGACCUCUUGGAUCGACGACGAAACGAAAGAAUUAGCUACUGAGAAAGUAAACGCGAUGUUGUUAAGCAUCGGCUACCCUGACUUCAUUCUCCAGCCUGAAUUGUUAAAUGAGCGUUACAAGGAUGUCGUGAUUCGUCCAGACAAGUAUUUCGAGAACACGUUGAAUAUCUUGCAGCAUUUAACUAGAGUCGAACAGGAUCGCCUAGGUAGUCCCGUUAACAAAACUUUGUGGAACACCGCGCCAGCAGUCGUGAACGCGUAUUACAGUCGCAGCAAGAACAGAAUAAUGUUCCCAGCCGGCAUACUACAGCCGCCAUUUUAUCACAGAUACUUUCCACGGAGUCUGAAUUACGGUGGGAUUGGUGUGGUGAUCGGCCACGAAAUCACUCAUGGCUUCGACGAUAAGGGUCGACUAUUUGAUAAGGAUGGUAAUCUACACAGAUGGUGGAAAGACGAGGCUAUUUAUGGCUUUCACGAACGAGCACGGUGUCUUAUCGACCAGUAUGGCCAUUAUACUGUCAGCGAAGUUGGAAUGCAGAUAGAUGGAAUCAAUACGCAAGGAGAAAACAUUGCCGACAACGGUGGCAUCAAACAGGCUUUUAGGGCUUACGAACGAUGGCUGCGCAUAAACGGGGACGCCAACGAGACUCUACCUGGCCUGAAUGCGACAGGAAAACAAUUAUUCUUUUUGAACUUCGCCCAGGUGUGGUGUGGCUCGAUGAGACCGGAAGCUACCCGGAACAAACUGAAAACCGCGGUGCAUUCGCCCGGGAAGUUUCGCGUGAUCGGUACUUUGUCGAAUUCGGAGGACUUUGCUGAAGUAUUUAAUUGCCCGCUCGGUGCGCCCAUGAAUCCGGUCAACAAAUGCUCGGUUUGGUGACGAGGCGUGAACGCUGCUUACUUCGACAAGCUUAUUGAUCGUGAAUCGAGUGAAUCCUCGCGGUGAAUCAGAGCAAUGCGACAAUAAAAGAAUUGAUAUCUUGUUGUCUGAUCAACCGACGCCAUGAUGGAAGAUGUAACGAUUGCAAUCAAUCUUUACAUGUUAUUAUUAUCAGACCUUAUGCUUGUAGUUCAUGUUAUAGAGCAUCGAGCUUUGCGUUUGAGGAUUAGGAACGCGGCCAGAACGACGAAUCAAGGAAGAAUAAUAGUCGAAUGGACGACUAACAGGCAUGCAACGUAAUUGUAACUAGAAGUACAACGUUCGCUAAGGGAACACGCUGUGUAGCGAUAAAUAAAAAUAAUUUCGAGCAGUUCGCGUUACUGCAACGUGCCUCGUAGAUGCUAAAACAGCUGCGCUGUUUGAUCGCUCGUUGAAAUUGUAAAAUAUCAGAGACAAAUAAUAAUUUCAGACAGUGAUAAAAA